UAUCAAUUGGUGCUUUCAUUUUCAAUCUCACUCCCGCUUAAAGUCAUGACAAUAUCAUUGUUUGAUGGGAAAGAAGAUGCAUAUUGGUGGAUUCUAUGUUUGGAGAAAUUUUUCAAAGAACAUGAAACACCCAAGUCAUUGAAGGUUUUAAAAGCUGUUGGAGCAUUGAGAGGCGCUGCUUUCACAUGGUGGAUAUGGUGGUCUCGUGUUCAUCGUAGAUAUAGUUGGGAUACUUUUACAACAACACUAUUAUGGCGUUUCAAACCGGAAUGGAGACCCAUUUUACCGAUGGAUGAUGAAGAAGAGGAACCACCGUAUGAAUCAACGGAGUCCUUUUAUUCAACCAAUGAUUAUGUUGAGGAGAACGAAGAAGAAACUGUUAAAAAAUCCUCGUUCUUGUACGAGCAAAAUUGUAUUGCAGCGGAGAACCUAGAAGAAUCACCGGAGCAAUCCAAUCUAUAUGAAGAUGAAACAAAACCACCAUAUAAGAAACCCAUAUUACCAAUAGAAGAUGAGGAAGAGGAACAUGAUGCGGAUUAUUGGGACAAUGGGUUGCCUCUAAUCCCAAAUUCCUCCAUCAUUGCUUCUCACGAUUUUGAAAAUCUUGGCGAUACUGUUAAAAAUGAAACACCACAACAACCAGGCUCUUGCGUUCAGAAACCUAAUUUGCUCAAUUUCCUUCCUCAUUGCUCAUUAACAUAUUCCACAACCUGUGUGGGUUCCUAUCCACGACCCAUUUCCUCUGAAGCAAUGCGUAAAGAAUUCAACAACCCUACUGUUCUAAUCGAUGAUGAGAUACCCCCACCAAAACCUCCCGACGGAAUCACGGUCAUGGCAUCGUCCCUCAUGAAUCCAACAAUUUAUGAUUUAUCUGUGUUCGCCAUCACAGAGGAAAAUCUUGAUGCCAACUUCUCAUGUUACUUUGCUCGGACACUUUCUCCAUUGGGUUCUUCACUGCAACUUUCCAAGAAACCCCUCUGCAAUAUUGUUGAUGAUCCGGGUAUUGGGGUUUUAAAAGUGGUCAACACAAUCAGUUUCUUUAGUCUAUAUCGCGACUUCGCCGUCAUCUUUACAAGUUUGGAUAUGGACCGUUCUUCAUGUUUUAUAAGCUUUAACUCUGUAAGCACUAUCAGGGGAAGCAUUACAAAAUUUCUCAUGAAUUUGAGAAGACUAUCCAAGAUAAAGUCACACUCACUAUCCAAAAAGACAACACAACCACGAUUUUUGAAUGCUAGAAUUUUCGUCAAUGGAACAGAAUUAAUUCAAACAUUACCUCACACAGCUACAAGAGCAUCCAUGUUGGUUAGAAUCAAGAAACUACGCCAAAGAUACUCAGGAACAAUAUUUGAAAUCAUGGAGACAAUAGCAAAAUUUCUGAACCAUAACAUUGCACCAUAUCUUCCGUUAAGAAGCACAAUCAAUGCAUCAGGUAACUUAGUUCAUUUAUCAUAUGUUGUUGGCCUUUUAGUUGGAAUACCGAACACAAAACCUAUUGGAUCUGAUGGAAAAAUUCUCAAUGUUAAAGAGGCUUUUCAUAUAGCUGUAAUCAAAACCGGUUUUUUUGAGUUGCAACCUAAAGAAGGUUUGGCCCUGGUGAAUUGUACCACUGUUGGAUCAAGUUUGGCUUCAUUGGUUCUUUUUGAGACAAAUUCACUUAUUGUUUUGUCGGAACUUUUGUCGAUAAUUUUCACUGAGGUUAUGCAACGAAGACCUGAAUUCAGUGACCAUCUCACUCAUAAGUUGAAACACCAUCUUGGUCAAAGUGACGCUGCUGCUAUAAUGGAACAUAUUUUAGAUGGAAGUUACUAUGUUAAGGCUGCACAUAAAGUUCAUGAAAUUGGUCCACUUCAGAAGCUUAAACAAGAUAGGUAUGUGCUUCGAAUGUUGCCUCAGUGGCUUGGAAGGCAGAUUGAAGUAAUUGAUGCUUUUCUAAAUGAGGAAGCAGCUGUUACAAAAGAUGCUACUUAA